AUGUGUAGGUCGACGGACUAUCACCGAUACCUAUCUUACGGUCGAGAUUGCCGCCUGAGAAUCAGAGCAUUCUUCGUCCAGUUUUCCGGUCUGAAUGCCCGGAUACCGUUUCCGGAAUCGGUCACUCUCCUCUACCUACCACGAAUCAACGAGAACGCGCUCGAUGUCGACGGGGCAAGUAUUAGACCGGGCUCACCAGCGUUUGUUACUCUGCACCGGGUCGUGACAGCGAAGACGAAGGAGGGGGAGGCAGUGUUCGGGAGCAGAGAGCGGGUUCGGGCCAGCGAAGGGGUGCGGUUCGAGGUGUACCUGAGGGAGGAGAAAGUAUUGAAGGGGAUUUUUAGAAAAGACGGGGACGACGAGUGGAAACUGGAGUGUAAGUGCGCAGUGGAGGUCGGCGAGGUUGAGGUUUCGGAGGCGGAAGUUUGCGUGGAGGUGGAGGGUCACGUGAUGAUGAGUGAGAGGGUGGAGAUGGUGGUGAGGAGGAGGAAGAAUAAAAGAAGGGGUUGUGGAUGGUUGGAGGAGAUUCCGGAAGAGAGAGAGGAGGAGGAGGAUACCACUCAUGAAUCGGACGGGUGCUGGUGUUCUUGUGGGGAAGAGGAGAUCAGUGGAUGGGACGGUGGAGAAGUAGGGGAGAAGUGGGACGAAGAAGAUAGUAAGGUGGCGGGGAUGGAGAUGGAAAUGGAAGGAGUGAGAUGGGCCGUUGAUGUGGGGAUAUGGGCCAUGUGUUUGGGGGUUGGCUUCUUGGUUUCUAAAGCUUCAGCGAGGAGAUUGAGAAACAGGAAAAUAUUAUGAGGCUUUCGUUUACCCAAUUUUGAAAAGCUUUACUAUGAAUUUUUGGUUUUGAUCAAUUCUUUCUCUUUCUUGUUUUUAGUCCGCUUGCCAUUCUGAUCGGAUGGGUAAGAUUUUUUCAAUUCGGUUCUAA